UCGUAUUCACCUGUCAAUUUUUACUUGGGAGAAGCUCAAAAUAUCUGUUUCUGUUAUCUCAGAAGCUUCCAGAUAGGAGUUUGAAGGCCCGAUGUGAAGAAAAACUUUGCAGAUGUCUCCAUCCCCUCCUCCGACGACAUCAACAUCAAGCUCCCUUAUUCUACUACCACCUUCUCCAGCAUCAUCACACUCGUCCCUGACUUUUGAAGAGAUCUCCUUCAAUUACAAUAACCUACUGGAAGAUGAGAAUUCCCAGCAAUGUGAUACUACUCUUGAAUCAGGUGAUCUAGUGACGACGCAUGGAAGACAGGCCAAUGAUACGAAGAACGGUGAAGAGAGUAAACGACAAGAAGUGAGAAGGCCUGGCAAUAUAAGGAGAACCGCGAUAAAGAUUUUGGAAGGAAGCGACCAGAGAGUCGAAGCCCCAUUUGCUCGGGAGGUAGCAAUAAAAGGCUGGAAAAUUGUCGGUGGUGAGAGUUGGACAGACGUUGCCAAACUAGGGGCUUAUGUAGUAUACGAUAUUGACAUCAAACUAAAAGAUGGCGGGAAGCUUAAUAUUCUAAGACGGUACACAGACUUCGUUAGGUUGAGGAAAGCUCUUCGGAUAAAAUACCAUCAUCUGUGGCAAGCUAUCCCUCCUUUACCAGGGAAAAUGCAUAUAGCCAAAUUUUCCCCAAAAUUUUUAGAAGAGCGGCAAUCUCGUCUUCAGCGCUUCUUAAGAGGAGUCAUUCUGCACCCAGAGAUGGGUCAAGGGGGAUCAGGAUCUAUUGUGGGAACAUGGGUCUUGGGCGAUAGGCAACCGUGAGCUGAAAGGUAGAGAUGGCAGAAAGCCAGCAGCGGCUGUAUGAGAGAAAGCACUAUCUCACUUCAAUACGGAUUUAAUGUGAUGGUCUUGUCAUGUAAUCUUAGCUUCUAUAGUUUCUACAGGAGAUAUCCUGAAAUAUGCAGCGA